AAAACUGAGAAAAAAGCGCAGCGUUUGUACGUUACGUUACUGUUGUUAAUUUCUGAUUUGUUAUCAGAUGAAAUUGCUUAAUUUCAUGACAACUUCUUAUUGUUUGCAACUUAGAAUACUGCACACUUCGAUCUGAGGUUUUAUCUGGCAAACGGAGUUGCCAAAUGUUCUCCUCAGAUUAUGAUGGUUGUGAGUCUGACAGUAGUUCAUCCAGUGAUUUGUGUUAUGACAACAGAAGUGUCAAUGCGAUCGAGAUCUCCAAAGCUAAAGCUAUGGAGUUUGAUGAAUUAAUGAACAAAGAACUUGAUUUACUGAUCAGAAGCGUUCACCAUAAAGCAACGGAUUUGAAAACAGGAAAAACGCAAAAUAAAAAUCUCAGAGUGAGAUUUAAAAAGGAUCAUGACGAUGACGAUGACUUUCCAGUAGAUAAAGAUCCACUUUGCGAUUAUGAAGAAGAUGAGGCUAAUGCUAAAUGGGUGCAAGAAAAUCUCCCUGGAGGGAAGAGCGAAAAAUCUGAUGCCAUCCUUAACUGUCCUGGAUGUAUGUCUGUGUUAUCUCUAGUUAGUCAUAGGCACCCACAUUUCAAGACACAGUAUUAUACAGAAUACCCUAUCAAUUGUAUUGUGGACGAAACUCAAAUCAUAUCUCGAACGAUAUCAAAACCACAAAAUGCGAAAAAAUCUCCAGAAAGCAGUUUGAAAUCAAACCGGAAUGUCAUAAAGGAAUAUCACCCGGUCACUUGUAAAGUAUGCGGUAAUUCAGUCGGAUGUAAGGAAAUCCAGACCAAUAUGAUCUACUUCAAUGACAUACUUGCAAGUCAUAGUUAACCGAAGGGAUUUUUUGCACAGGAUAAGUGGUAUGGCUACUUAAUAAUAUUAAGUAGCUUGUUCCGAGUAACAUCAAUUCAUGGACUAAGACUUUUUGCGAAUAACUUUAUUUCAUUGUAUAUAAGUAAAUUGCUUUUUUUAUCUCGGAAAUUAAUAAAAUCUCGGGCAAAUGC